AUGACGGAACCGGAAAGAUUAGGAGGAAUCUCCCUGAGUUUUCCGGCGAACGAAGAAGAUAUUAACGUGACGACAUCAUCGCCCAAGACUCUUCCACGGAGGCUCCGUCGUCGUCUUCUCGAAUCGAAAAGCCCCGUCUCCGCCGAAGAGAUCGAUUCCAAACUCAAAGAAGCUGAUCUCCGUCGUCAGCAAUACUAUGAGUCAUUAUCGAGCAAGGCACGACCUAAAAUGAGAAGCCCGAGAUCAGCAACAAUGGAGGAGCUUAGUCAGAGACUUGAAUCAAAGCUUAACGCUGCUGAACAAAAGAGGUUAAGUCUUUUGGAGAAGGAGUUAGCUCGUUUAGCGAAGCUAGACGAAGCAAGACAAGCUGCAAAGAACGGACUUGAGCAAAGGGUUGUGAAGGAGCGCGACGAGUUAGAGACUAAAGUUGAAGAGAGGGUACAAAAGGCAGAGACGAAUAGGAUGCUUCUGUUCAAAGCUAUGGCGCAACGAAGAGCGGCAAAGAGACAGCGAGCCGCGCAGAGCUUGAUGCAGAAGGCGAUUCAGGAGAAUAGGUAUAAGGAGAGCGUGCGUGCAGCGAUUUAUCAGAAGAGAGCAGCUGCUGAGAGUAAACGGAUGGGGAUUCUGGAAGCUGAACGGAGAAGAGCGAACACGAGGCUGACACGGGUUUUUGGAGCUGCUAGCUCUGUGCAGAGUCAAAAGGAAGCUGAAAGGAGGAAGAUGAAGGACCGUUUAGAAGAGCGGCUUCAAAGGGCUAAGAGACUGAAAGCACAAUAUAUGAGACGAAGGAGAGGUAUGUAUAGCUCUGCACAAAGAUCAGAAAAAAUGCGGAAGAAUCAAGAACAUCUUGUGAGGAUGUUAGAAAGAUGCUGGAGGAGAUUUACAGAGAGCAAGAAAUCUACAUUUGUCUUGGCUAGAGCCUAUCACGGGCUGGGGAUUGAUGAAAAGUCCAUUGAGUCAGUGCCGUUUGAGCAGCUUGCCAUUCAAAUGAACUCGGUUGCUGUAAUCCGAACUGUGAAAGAAUUGCUUGAUCGCUUGGAGAUACGACUCACUUUGUCUCAGGGAUCCACUGUGAAGAACAUCAGUCAUCUUCUUAAGCACAUCUUUCCCCCAGCUCGAAGAGGAAACUCACCGAGUUCCGUCGUGAGUAAAGGCGAGCAAAAGUCACCCAAUUCCAAGAAGAUGGGACCUCAGAGACUCAAAAAGAUUGCGAGAUACCCUGCUAGAAUCUUUCUUUGUGCCUACAUGAUCAAGCAACAUCCAGAUGCAAUUUUCAGAGGAAGAGGUGAGUAUGAGAUCGCGCUAGUGGAAUCUGCAAUCCAUCUCAUUCGAGAGUUUGAAUUGUUGAUGAGGAUUAUACUGGAAGGACCAGAGACUCCAGGUCCAAUAAAGUUCAGAGCUCAACUAGAAGCAUUUGAUAAAGCUUGGUGCUCUUACCUCCAGGGAUUUGUGGUUUGGAAAAAUAACGAUGCUAAGCUUUUAGAAACUGAUUUAGCCUCAACUCAAGAGCCAGAGCUGUCUGAGGCGUCGAUAGACAGUUCUUCUCCCAAAGCACCUAAUUUGGUUCCUCAAUCUUCAUCUUCUCCGGGAUCUUCAAGUUCUUCUCCGAAGUUUGGAAGCGAGGACAUUUCUACUCCGAACGUGACAGGUCAUAGCUUGGACGCAGCAUUGGCUACUGAAAACGAAGUAAUUGUAAACGAAAUUGUCCAUGACAAUAGCAGUACUUUUGCUGAUAGCUUCGACGCUAACAAUGGGGAUACAAACAACUUUCAGGUGCAGGUUAAGGAGACAAUGGAAAAGGCUUUCUGGGAUGGCGUCAUGGAAUCCAUGAAACAGUCGGAGCCAGACUUCAGCUGGGUUAUUAAACUCAUGAACGAAGUCAGGGACGAACUCUGCGAGAUAUCUCCCAACGAAUGGAAGCAAGAGAUUGUUCAAACUAUCGAUACAGAUGUGCUGUCUCAGUUACUGGCUUCGGGGAAUGUCGACAUGGGUUAUCUUGGAAACAUUCUAGAGUUUUCCCUUGGCAUUUUGCUGAAACUUUCUGCUCCUGCCAGUGAAGAGGAGAUCAGAAGUACUCACCAAAAGUUAAUGACAGAACUUGGAGAGAUAGUUCCAACUGAAGGCGAGUCCAAAUCGUCAUACGCAAUCUUAAUGGUUAAAGGGCUACGCUUUGUUUUGCAGCAGAUUCAGAUUCUGAAGAAAGAAAUCAGCAAAUCUCGUUUGAAAAUGUUGGAGCCACUUCUCAAGGGACCUGCAGGUCUGGAAUAUCUGAAGAAGGCAUUUUCGAGCAGGCAUAGUUCCCCAGACCAAGCGUCUUCCUCUCUACCAUUGACAAAGGGUUGGCUUUUCAGUGUCCGAGUAGAGGCAGAGAAAGAGUGGAAAGAACAUAGAGAUGCUCUUUCUGCUGUCACAAAUAACCACCCCGGAUCAUCAGGCCUUCCUUCGACCACCAUGCGAACUGGUGGCAAUGUCUCCUCUGUUUCAAAAGUCAAUACCUCUUCCUCUCCAUUCCCAGGAAUGGAACUAUCAGAGUGCAAGGGAGAAACUGUGGAUCUUCUUGUUCGUCUUGGCCUGUUGAAAAUGGUGAGCGAAAUUGGCGGUCUUACUCUAGAAACUGUCCCUGAAACGUUUCAACUUAACCUCUCUAGGCUGAGAGCUAUUCAAUCCCAAAUCCAGAAAGUCAUUCUAGUCUCCAUCAGUGUGUUGAUCCUUCAGCAAACACUUGUAAGCGAGAACUCAUCCCCGGUUGAUAUAGAGACAAUUACAUGGACUUGUGUAAACCGGCUCUACGAGAUGUUAGAUGCGAAACCUGACGCUGGUCUAUCGGAAAUCAUGGAGACACUCUCCGAGCUUCUUGAUUCCGACGAUGAAGCAGAGACAAAGAAGCGUGUGAUCUCAAACAUGCUUGUGAAAAGCUUACAAGCAGGAGACGCAGUGUUCACACGCGUGUCGCAGACCAUAUACCUAGCCACGAGAGCCGCUGUUUUGGCCGGGAACAACACGAAGAGGAAACAGCUGGUGGAGACGAUGCUGAGAAGAAUCGGAGCAGCUUCUCUCUCUGACAAGGUCAUUGAGGUUUCAGACAUUUUGGUUCUUGUGGCGAACGUUUCGCGUAGUGUUCAUGGAUCGUGGUACGAAGAAUUGCUGAAGGAACUGAACUGA